GAAAUGGAAAGCGACGUUUGUGUACGAUAACAAAUAAGCGAAAAUAAGUCAUUCCACGCGAUGACAGUCACUACAAGCGAUAUAGAACAGACAGGAAUAAUGAAUACUUACUUUAGAGGAGAGAUUGAGGAACAGUGAGAAUUUCUUCCAGAAGAGCUAUGGUUCUGAUCUCCAGAGGCUCAUGGCAGUUAAGGGUUCAUCUGUGGAGGAGCUGGCAUUGUUUAUGAAGCUACAUUUGCUACAAGGAAUUGUUGCUUUCCACCAACAUAGAAUGGAAGAGGCUUCAAACUUACUGUCUAAGGCAGAGCAAGAGUUACAAAGAUUAGAUAUUGAUGAUGAUAAGAUAACAACAGUGAUGGCUAUGGGUUUCUCUGAGGGUGAGACGAGGCUGGGUCUGCGGGCGUGUGAUGGAAAUAUACAGAAUACUGUUGCACAUAUCAUGAAAAGACGCGAGGAAAAGAAAGAAAAUGCAAGAAAAAGGAGAGAAGAAAGACAUAAGAAAAAUCUCGAAAAACACCUUGGUAAAACAGCUGGUGGAAAACAUGUGAAUGUAGAUGUGUACCAGAUGUUACUAGGUAUGGGAUAUCCAAAAGGGGCCUCAGCCGAAGCUCUGAGACAGGCAAACAAUGAUCUCAGCCUGGCACUGGAGGUACUUCAGAACCACCCAGAGUUCCUAAGUUUACCAGAUCCAGAACCUAAACCAAAUGUGAGAAUCACAGAUGCCAUGAUUGCUCAGGUAACUUCAAUGGGUUUUGAACCUGAGAUGGCUCAGAGAGCACUGGCAAAGCAUAAAGGUGAUGUACCUAAGGCGAUAGAGGAGCUAGUGAGCAGUGGUGGUGACAUACCUCCUCCAGCACAAGGUGACCAAAGUCCAAGCACUUCAUCAGGAUCCUCUGAUUCCACUACUUCAGAUGAUUCAUCCAGUGAGAAGACACCAGAACAGUUGAAACAAGAAAAAGAAGCAAUUGACAGGCUCGUUUCGGAUCUUCCAGAAGAUGAAGAAGAUUAUCUGGACAUUAGCCUUGAUGAAGAGAAGCAGUUUCUUCAGGAGUACAAGUCUCUCAUAAUUUCUCUCCGCUCAUGAUUAACAGUUCAAUUAACAUUUUGGAAGAGGAAGAAUAUCUUCUGGCCCAUAAUUAAUGGUACAAGUCCCACAUUCAUGUUUAACAGUAUUGAUAAAAAAUAUACCAGAAGAUGAAGAUUUUUGCAGGACAUAAGUAACUACUCUCAUUCAUGAUUAACUGUCUUGGUUACCAUAUUCUUGAAGUUGGACAAUGUUUUCAGUACAUAAGUAGAAGUACAAUUCUUGUGAAUUUUUUCUUUAUUCAGACUUGAUUGUAUUGAUUACCAUUUCCUUGAAGUGGAAGAAUAAUUUCUGAUGCACUAAAUUCACAUAAUUGAAGAAGACGAAUAUUUUAUGGAUAUACUUCUAGACGAAGAGAAAUAGUUUCUCAAGGAGUGCAAUUUACUCAUUCUUUACCAGUCUGAAUUUCCAUAUUCCUGUAGUGGCAGAAGUUUUUUUUUUUUUUUUUGAGACAUCGCUUACAGAAUGGAGAAAUGGUUUCUUGAUGGUUGGGGACAAGUAUCCGAUACAUUCUUGAUACUUACCAUUCCAGUACUCUUGAUGUUAAAGAAUAUAUUAUUCUGAUAAUAAAAGAAAUAAUUGCAGUUCGUCCAACAGCAAAUUUGAAUCUUGAAUAAAACUGACAAAUGGUGGAAAGGCCUGAGGCUUAAGAUCAAGUUUUUAGCUCGACUAUUCAUAGAAUAGUAGAGCUAUUGGACUCACCUAUGCGUCGGCGUCCGCGUCCCGAUUUGGUUAAGGUUUUGUAUGUAAGCUGGUUUCUCGGUAACCACUUGUGGGAAUGGAUUGAAACUUCACACACUUAUUCACUGUGAUAAACUGACCUACACUGCACAGGUUCCAUAACUCUGUUUUGCUUUUUUACAAAAUUAUGCCCCUUUUUUGACUUAGAAAUUCUUGGUUAAGGUUUUGUAUGUAAGCUGGUAUCUCAGUAACCACUAGCAGGAACGGAUUGAAACUUCACACACUUAUUCACUGUGAUAAACUGACCUACAUUGCACAGGUUCCAUAACUCUAUUUUGCUUUUUUACAAAAUUAUGUCCCUUUUUCGACUUAGAAAUUCUUGGUUAAGGUUUUGUAUGUAAGCUGGUAUCUCAGUAACGACUUGUGGGAAUAGAUUAAAACUUCACACACUUACUCACUGUGAUAAACUGACCUACAUUGCACAGGUUCCUUAACUCUGUUUUGCUUUUUUAUGAAAUUAUGCCCCCUUUUCGACUUAGAAAUUCUUGGUUAAGGUUUUGUAUGUAAGCUGUUAUCUCAGUACACACUAAUGGGAAUGGAUUGAAACUUCACACACUUGUUCACUGUCAUGAUCUGACAUGCACUGUAUAGGUCCCAUAACUCUACUUUGCAAUUUUUUCAAAAUUAUGCCCCUUUUUCGACUUUAAAGUUUUUUGUUAAGUUUUUGUAUGUAAGCUGGUAUUUCAUUAUCCACUUAAGGGAAAGGAUUGAAACUUCACGCACUUGUUCACUUUUAAGCUGAUAAGCACUUUGAAGGUUCCAUAACCCUUUUUCCCAUUUUUACAAAAUUAUGCCCCUUUUUCGACUUUUGUAUUCAUUCAAUUGACAAGGCUGUUGAAUAGUCGAGCGUUGCUGUCCUCCGACAGCUCUUGUUGAUUGAUAUUCUAAUUUGAAAUUAAACUUGGUGAAUAAUGUAAGUUUUUAAAUUGCAUAUGGAGUCAAGGUUGCUAUUACAAAAGGGGCCUGAGUGGUAAAGGUAACUGACUUCAAAACACUUACCCCUCAGCAAUGUGGGUUCGAGCCUGAUACUCUUGGGGUGAUAAAUUCUUCAUGUUAGGAGGCUAUCUAGCUGGCUUAUAUGGAAGAUCAAUGGUUCUUCCUCUACCAUCAGAGCUAGAAAGUUACAUAUAUUGUGUCAAUGCGACAUUAAACCCAAUAAAAACAGAACAAAAAGUAUCUUCUCAGAUUGUGGAGAGAAAGGAAACUUGGCAUAAUAGAAGCAUAUAGUAAGACUAAGGUUGGAACUGCACGUGUAGACAGUGGGUUCAGUCUCGAGGCUGGUCAAGGUCACUGACCAAUUGGAUGCAUUGGUCAAGAGGGCUAAGACACUUUCCUACGGAAACGAAGGCCCCUAGUUCAUAUCCUGGCUACUCCCAUUGCUGUGUGUCCUUGGGCACGGCACUAUCAUGAUUGCCUCAGUUGACCCUGCUGUAAAUGGGUACUAGCAAAUUGCUGGGUGUAAGGUAUAAUUUGUUUUAACUGUUCUUAAAAUGUGGUUGCUCAAAAGCUGUACAGAGCUUAAGGUAGUUCUGCACGUUUGAUCAACCGGAAGUGAUGGCGUAACGUAAUUUAUACGGAAAACGUAGAAUAAAGCCUGAAUUCGGCAUACAGAUAAGAAAAUAAUUUUAUGCAUUAAUGACAACAUGUGAGUACAUUUAUUAAAUUAGCACUGUUACUAUAUUUCUAAAGUCAAAAUAUGAUAUUAAAACGUAUGACACAGUGAAUAAUUCAAAAUAAUGUCUCAAAAUUAGCGUGAAAUAUUCGGUUCAUUUUAAUCGUGGUCAGAUAUCUCAAAAAUAAGCACACGGACCUAUACAUUUUAUUUCAACACAAUAUAGGCCAUAUGUUAAUUUACAACUGUGAGAAGUUCCAUCAAAAUCUACAUUGUAAAAAAUUUCUAAAACCCUAUCUUUUUUAUUUGCUGAAUUUUCUAGGUAAAUUUUGAAGUUUUGAAAAAUCGGAGUUUAAUCAAAUUCUGCAUUAUAGAAAAAAAAAAUGAUCAAAACAUGCAGAACUACUUGAAGUUAAUUGUUUCACAAACCGACAGUAAACAAAAUUUUCCUUUACCUUUUACCUUCCUCCUUUACCUUUUCUGUAGGAUAAAGGUUAUUAAUAUAUUAGGCCACAAGUAAGCAAGAUCUAUGUAACAGUGCUAUUAAAUAUAUCAAAUAUUAAUACCUGGUAAGGUCAUAAUUAUUAUUUGAAAGUGUCUUGUCUGCUGAAAAGGAAAAUUUAAAUUUUACAUGACAAUUUUUUUUCAACUUAUAGUUUUCAAAGAUACUUUAAAAGAAAUCCCAUUAUUACAAUGUAAGAUUUAUCAUUUCAUGGUUAAAAACAUGACUGUAGUGAUUCUUGCAUAUUAUUUAAUAAUAUGGUUAUCUUAUUUACUAACUCUUGUUCAGCAGACACAACUCUUAAAUGAUACCAAAAAAGAUGGGGUAUUCAUGGCCAAUACUGCCUAUGGUCUGUUAAGUAGAAAACAUCAAACUCUUUCUGAUAUCUAUAGUUUACUAGAUCAUGAUUGUAGUUUCCAGUGACGAUCGAAACUGUUACAGAAAGUACAGAAAGUGAAAGUAGAACUUAAAAAAAUUAGAAAAAGCUGCUUUAUUGCAAAUGAGGUUUAAGUUGAGCACAACCUAGGUAAAUGUGUUACACAAACAGUUUUAACAAACUGUAAACAAACUAUUUUCUGACCAAAGAAAUAAGGUGUUUUCUACGAAAUAGAAAAUGGACAGUUAAAGUAUGCCAUCAAAUGAUUUAAUUUCAAUGGCAUAAAAUGUCAUGGGUUCUCCGAUAAGAGUUAAUUUUUAUGGGCUUAAAUACAUGGAUUUCCAAAUCUAGAUAGCAGUAUAAAGAAUAUUCUAUAUUAGGAUUUCAUUUCAUGGCUUGAAACAAUCACAAAAUUCAUGAAAAUAAGUCCCUUAGUCCCCCAUGAAAAUAAGCCCCUUAGACCCCCAUGAAAAUAAGCCCCUUAGUCCCCCAUAAAAUUAGGCCCCUUAGACCCCCAUGAAAAUAAAUCCUCCAAGAAAAUUUAUGAUUUAACAGUACCGUAUACCGAAAAAAGCAAAUAUGAGCCGUGCC